AUGGGAGCAUCGUGGAACAAAUGCUCCUUCCCUCAGGAUUGUGUCGAUCGAACUCAAAUGGUUGCAAAGGACGCGAAUUUGAAACCAGAGGGAUAUCGGGCUGUGAGCGACAGCAUGGAUGACCCGAACAGGUGGAAGCAAACAUUCACACCAAGGACCAUGUCGAGGAUAGACAACUCCCUUCCGAGCUUGCGGGAUCACGUAGCAACUGAGCCUGACCCGAUCUUCGAUGCUAGGAGGAGGGAUUCCCCUAGACACAUUCCUCUCUCGGCUCGUUCUCACUCUCCCUGGGACAACGCACAUCUUGCAUACAAGUCUCCGAGAUCUCUGUCUCAUGUUGGAGGCCCAGUGUAUGAGAGAGAAGGAACAAGAAACGAGAUGUGUUUGAGUGCGAGAGACCAUGUGAUUGUUUCAAGUGCAAGAUUGAGGCAUCAAACAACGGGAGGUAACGAUGAUGGUCAAGUUGGGAUUCAGACUGAACUGAAUUUUGGAUGCAAAGAAGCAAGCAUCGAUGAGGAUGAAAAUGAAGACGUUUUGGUGCAGAAAGCUCUGGACGUCGUUGCAGAGAGGAUGUCAAAAAGAACCGAAUUCUCCACGAGAAAGGCGGGGGCAAAUGGCGAUGGCGCAAUGAGUCAAGACGGCAAACGAUCCCCUUCCCUGUCCUCCUUCACCUCUGAUGGUGAAUCGGGAUCGUACGACGAAGAAUUCUCGCCGAUGAGCGAAACAGGAGUGAUAGCUUUCAUGUCGAAUGACAAGGACGAGCGUCUUGUGAAGAAGAGCAAAGAUGUCGAUACGAGCAAUCGCGAGAUGAUCAGCAUGGAAGAGCUGCUCCGCAUGCGGCUGAACCGAGAUGACUGGCUGAGACACUUCAAGAUUGCUGGAGUGGAUCAAUACCUUUCAGCGAACAUGUCGGAUAUAUGUAGUCGGGAAGACAAUGCGAGUGAAUGGGUUGUAGAGAAGCAACCUGGUUCGCAAGAAGCAAAGAUAUCCAAGAAGAUAGAUUUCCAGGAAGAUAACGAACAUGUUCAUCGUCAGCAACAACAUGUCCCAUCGUUGAGGAUUGAGAACAUCUUACAAGAUGAGAGGCUGCAAAUUUUCCAGAGGGAGAAGCUUGCGCAGCAGCAGGAUGAAGUCGCAAGGAGCUCGCAAGACUUGAAGGCGAAGGCUACCAGCAUGCAACAGAUCAUUUCCAAGACCGACCGAUGGGUUCAAGACAUGUAA